AUGCCAGGGUUUAAACAGAUUAUGGGAGCGGUCACGGUGGUUGGAUUGGCAGCAAUGGCAUCAGCUCUUCCGGCAUUACCAAAGCUUAACGAGAGAGCGUUGGAGAUGUAUGAGAUUAUGGAACGUCAGGUUACUGCAACAGGAUUACCAGCAAAUUUGACGGAUGUGGAUAUUUUGCAAUUCGCUCUCACACUCGAAAACCUCGAAACAGCCUUCUACCAACAAGGAUUCGCCAAAUUCCCCGACUCCGACUUUACAGCCAUGGGCUUAACAGCCCAAGAUAUCACCAAUCUCAAAAUGGUCGGCAUGACCGAAGCAACUCACGUCACCACUCUCAUGACCGCCAUCUCCGCAAGCGGCACUCAACCCGUCGCUCCCUGUACCUACAACUUCAAUUUCACCACCGCCCAAAACAUGAUCGCCACAGCCAACGUUCUCGAAAACAUAGGCGUAAGUGCCUAUCUAGGCGCAGCACCACUAGUCGCCGAUAAAGCGAUCCUAACCGUCGCAGCCGAAAUCGUCACCGUAGAAUCUCGCCACCAAACCUUCAUCCGCACCGCACAAAAAGUAGCCGCCGUCCCCUCCGCCUUCGACACCCCCCUCGGUAUCCGCAACGUUUUCUCCCUCGCAGCACCCUUCAUUCAGGCCUGUCCCCAAGGCUCAAAUCUAGCCGUGACGCCCUUCCCAGCGCUAACGAUGACGACCCCCGGUGAAGCCAUGACUGCUGGAUCAACGCUGCAGUUGACGAGCGCCGCGCAGGGGGCUACGGCUUGUGCGUUUACAAAUGGUGGUCAGACUGGUGGAACGGCUUUCACGCCGUUUGCUAAUGGUGCCUGUACGGUGCCCCAGGGUUUGGCGGGUGAUACCUAUUUGAAUUUGGCGAGUCAGUUGCCGGCGACGGGGGUUUUGACGGAUGAUAUUACGGUGGCGGGGCCGUUGGUGCUGCAGAUUUCGUAG